AUGACCAUCUUUCGGAGUUCGGCAAAGGCCAGUGAGAGCGAACCUCAGUAUGGCAUCAAAGUGCUGUACGACUCCAACGAAGCGGAGGUUGACAUCGUCUUUGUCCAUGGCCUCGGCGGAAGUCGCGACGCAACCUGGACGAUCGACGAUGUGUGCUGGCCCCAAGCCCUUCUACCGCAAGACUUGCCAAAAACCCGUAUCAUGACUUUUGGGUAUGAUUCACGGGUGGUCAGCUUCACGACAGCUCUUUCCCAGAACGGAAUCGUGGGCAAUGCCGAGGAUCUUUGUGCCCAGUUGGCACGGUUUAGAGCCUCUUCGCCGGAUCGCCCGAUUAUCUUUGUAGCCCAUAGCUUGGGCGGCUUGGUCUGCGCGCAGGCUGUCGUGGCAGGCAAUCGCAGUUCCCCGUCCGACAACACGCAGAUAAUCAGCCAACACGUCCGCGGCAUCGCCUUUCUGGGAACUCCAUUCUGCGGUUCCGAAAUCGCGAACUGGGUGUCACGCUUAAAUAAAGUGGCGGAUUACAUCUUUGAAAGCAACAAGGCCAAUAUCUCGGACCUGAAAAGCAAAUCGGGCACAUUGCAGCUCCUGAUCGAAGAAUUUGCGAACGUAUUGCGAAAACGCGAUAACUCCGAUGACAGUAUCCUAACCACUUUCUUCUACGAGCAGUUGAAAACACAGGGCGUCAUGGUGGUUGACCGCAAUUCUGCCACUAUCCCCGGUCGCGGAGACAUGAUAUCCAUCCAAGCCGAUCACAAAAACAUCUGCAAGUUCCGAUCGAGGGAAGAUGAUGAAGGAUAUGGGUUGGUGCUUGGUGCACUGAGGAAGAUGAUGGUUGAGGCACCGGUGAAGCAGAAGUCGAGUAGCCCUGUAUUCAACUUCAACAAUGCUGGGGCUUCCAUCAACAACCAGGCAGGCCAGCAAACUAUCAAUGGGGGGAUGAACUUUGGGACAUUUGCGCGAUAG